UCGCAGAACGCGCAGUGUGAUGAAAACGUGUCAGUUAACUAACCCCUCAACCGACUAAUAAUAAUCAAAUGAAACUGAUUGGGACGUCGGAUCGCGCCGUGGACUUUUGGGAGCGCGUGCCGGUGCCGUUCACACGCGGAACAUGCUCGCGCGAGGCGGCGCGUUUUGGCGCACCGGGAUCCUCGUUUGAAAGUCUCCAGAGAGUCGGUGACGGUGCGCGCAACAACACGGCAAGAGCUGAAGUGCAGCGAUCCUGACGCGAGAGCGCAGGAGGGACGCGCGGACCCGGUUUGCCGAAAGAAGAAAGUUGGCUGGAGAUCUCGGAGGUUUUCAGUCCGCAUCUACGGGAGAGGAGGAGAGAGAGAGAGAGAGAAAAAAAAAAGGAAAAAGAGACAAAACUGUGAUCGCUGCUUGAUCAAUGUGAGAGAUUGAAAGAUACACGCAGGCACGGACUGGAGACGCUGACAUUCCCCUGUAGUGGUCGAGAUAAGCUUUGACUUGGCUAACAGAAGGGGUUAAACCGUAUCUAAAAGGAGUUUGGAAAACCCAGCCUUUCUUCCCCAUACGGAUCAACUCAUUGGGUGGGAGCUGAGAGAGAGACAAGAGUCCCCAGCAAAUCAGGAGCUAAUUGAUUAAAGAGACUUCAUUUGAAUAGGAGGGGGGCUGGCGAGGUGCCAAUCGCCUUUCAAAGAAGCCCUCCGUAUGAUUAAUCGCAGAGCAUUAUUGAUAAUCAUAACGGGGCACAUGCGCGGUGGAUGGGCUCGAUUUACGUAAUUUUUUGAGAGGGUUUUGUAGUCAUUUUUUUAUUCUUUGCCUGCUGAUGUGCCAGCCAGCAUGUCGCGGAGGAAACAAGCGAAGCCGCAACACUUCCAAUCCGACCCUCAUCUGCCUUUAUCGGAGCACAAUGGGGACACAGAACUUUGCUCUGAAGACCCCCCCUGCAAGGAGUCUGACGCCCAUGUCUGCAGCAGAUGUUGUGCUGAGUUCUUUGAACUAUCAGAACUUGAAGAGCACCAGAAGAAUUGCACUAAGAAUCAGUUAGUUCUGAUAGUUAAUGAGAAUCCCGCCUCCCCUGCCGGAACAUUCUCGCCUGGAUCUCCACAUAAUCCCGAUGACCAGAUGAAUGACACAGCUAACAACACUGAUCAAACAGAGUGCAGUGACCUUUUAGAGCCUAACGCUCUUGAAAAAGAAGAAUCCAUGGACGUAGAUGUUUCUGGAAUGAGCAGCGGUCAUGAAGAGGAAGGCAGCCACACAGAGAGCGGGAGUCCCAUCAAUACAGUGAGCAGCCACAUUGGCAGGGGCACUUCUGGCCCUGCAGUAGGUACUUCAGCAACCUCUGCCUCCCUACCUCAGCUCAGUAACCUCACUGAACUGGGGAACUUCUCCAUGAUCAACAGCAAUGUCAUAAUUGAAAAUCUGCAGAGCACCAAAGUGGCUGUGGCCCAGUUCUCUCAAGAGACCCGUUCUACUGGAGGCCCCAGGGUGGCAGUGCCAGCCCUAAUGGAGCAGCUCCUAGCCCUGCAACAGCAACAGAUCCACCAGCUGCAGCUUAUUGAGCAGAUUCGUCAUCAGAUACUGCUGCUGGCUUCCCAGUCCCCAGAAAUGCAGGUGCCCCCAACUACUGCUCCAGGCACAAUGGGGCCUGCUGCCAGCCCUCUGACCACACUUAGCUCUCAUCUCUCCCAACAGCUGGCUGCAGCCGCAGGCCUAGCGCAGAACCUGGCUAGUCAGUCAGCCAGUAUUAGCAGCCUCAAGCAGCUGGCUGCAGCAGCGCAGCUACCUCAGUCCAACCCAAGCAGCAGUGAGACAUCUCAGAGCAUCACCACACUAGGGCCAUCAACAGUCAAUUCACAGUCCACUGACAAGAGGCCAGGCCAUAUGAGUAGCCUUCACUCUCAGCUAAGCAACUCCUCACUAGCUAAGUCAUCAACGCCAGCAUUUGGAAUAGGUAGCUUGCUAAGCUCUGCAGUAAAUCCCCUUCUACCUCAGCCCCCACCUGGAAACCCCUUGUUUUCCAGCUCUUUGCCUAAUGUUGGCACCACUGUAGAGGACCUCAACUCUUUAGCAGCUUUGGCCCAGCAGAGGAAAGGCAAGCCGCCAAAUGUCACUUCAUUUGAGCAUAAGAGUAGCUCCGACGAAGCUUUCUUCAAGCAUAAGUGCAGGUUUUGUGGCAAGGUGUUUGGGAGUGACAGUGCCUUGCAAAUACACCUGCGUUCUCACACUGGCGAAAGGCCAUACAAGUGUAAUAUCUGUGGCAACCGCUUCUCGACUCGUGGUAACCUGAAGGUGCAUUUUCAGCGUCAUAAAGAAAAGUAUCCACACAUCCAAAUGAACCCAUACCCUGUUCCUGAGCAUUUAGACAACAUACCAACUAGUACUGGCAUUCCCUAUGGCAUGUCAAUGCCCCCAGAGAAACCUGUCACCAGCUGGCUGGACAGCAAACCAGUACUGCCUACUCUGACGUCGUCAGUUGGCAUGCUGCUGCCACCAACCAUGCCGAACCUGCCACAUUUCAUUAAGAAAGAAGAUCAUUCGAUAGCCAUAACUAGCCCUUCUGUUACUGCAAAGAGUGACUCAGGUGCUGCCGAGCCUUCCGCAAAAAGUAAUGAUGGAGUGUCAGCAGAGGGCGAAGGUGCAACUUUGCCUACCUCAAAUGGAAAAACUGAAGAAGGCAGCCACUCCUCAGGCUUCAUGACAAAUAUGAGCUCUGCUUCUGAGAGUACUGCUGAGUAUACAACAUCCAACAGCCCACCCAUGAUGACCAACCCACUCAUGCCUCUCAUGUCUGAUCAAUUUAAGGCUAAGUUCCCUUUUGGAGGCAUCCUGGAUCCUCUUCAGGGCUCAGAAACCUCCAAACUACAACAGCUUGUGGAGAACAUUGAUAGAAAGGUGACUGACCCCAAUGAAUGUGUCAUCUGCCAUCGAGUGUUGAGCUGCCAAAGUGCUCUGAAAAUGCACUAUCGCACUCACACUGGGGAGAGGCCUUUCAAAUGUAAAAUCUGUGGCAGAGCAUUUACCACCAAGGGAAAUCUUAAGACCCACUACAGCGUACACAGAGCAAUGCCUCCUCUUAGAGUGCAACACUCCUGCCCGAUUUGUCAGAAAAAGUUCACAAAUGCUGUGGUUCUUCAGCAGCAUAUUCGUAUGCACAUGGGCGGACAGAUCCCCAACACCCCCCUGCCAGAGAGUUACCCAGAGUCUAUGGCCUCUGACACUGGUUCAUUUGAGGAGAGAAAUUUUGAUGAUUUGGACAACUUCUCCGAUGACAAUGUGGAAGGAAUGGAAGAGGGCCCAGACAGCAGCGUGCCAGACACACCAAGGUCAGCUGAUGCUUCACAUGACAGUCUGUGUAACUCCCCUGCUCCCCUCGAAACAGCCAGCCAUGAGGGGCAAGAGAAGAACAGUCAAUAUCAUGAUCACAAUAAUGAAAUGGAGGACCUCCAAUGCAGCAAGGCUACUGCAAAUGGCUUAGUUGAGGGAGACUGCCUCACCAAUGACUCCUCAUCUCUCGGAGGGGAUGUUGAAAGCCAAAGUGCGGGGAGUCCAGCUGUGUCAGAAUCUACCUCCUCCAUGCAGGCGCCAUCCCCCACAAGCAUGCAGCCACAACUCCGUAAAUCCCCAAGCCUCGAAGAAAGGCAGCAGAGGGCCUUAAGCUUGGACCAGAGUGGUGUAAGCCUUCUGCACUCCCACCCUUCCAACAUCGGGGCGCUGGACCUUACAUCUGUCAAUCCCUCAAAGGAUUCUCUGGGCAUGAUAUUCCCCUUCCGAGAGCGUAGCACCAUCAAGAACACAUCUUGCGACAUCUGUGGGAAGACCUUUGCUUGUCAGAGUGCCUUGGACAUUCACUAUCGAAGCCAUACCAAAGAACGACCAUUUAUUUGCACGGCAUGCAACAGAGGUUUCUCCACCAAAGGAAAUCUCAAGCAGCACAUGCUCACCCAUCAAAUGAGAGACCUGCCCUCACAGCUCUUUGAGCCAUCAAACACCAGCCUGUCCUCCAGCCCAACCCCUUCCCUGUUGUCUGUUGGCUCUCUUAAACCCGAGGUCAAUGGCUUCCUCCAUGGCCUCCACCCGGAGAGCAAGGAUGUGCCCCCUGGCCUGGUCACCUCCUCCGCCUCCACUUCCCCGGUGCUUUCUGCUGCCCCGCCACGCAGGACACCCAAGCAGCACUUCUGCAACACCUGCGGGAAAUGCUUCUCUUCUUCCAGUGCCCUGCAGAUCCAUGAGAGAACCCACACAGGGGAGAAACCCUUCGCCUGCAGCAUCUGUGGUCGAGCUUUUACCACCAAAGGAAACCUCAAGGUUCACAUGGGCACACACAUGUGGAACAGCGCACCCGCCAGACGUGGCCGCAGGCUCUCUGUCGAUGGGCCGAUGGCCUUCCUCGGCACAAACCCCGUCAAGUUUCCUGAGAUCUUCCAGAAAGACAUGGCGUCGAGGGCGAGCAACGGGGACCCGGCCAGCUUCUGGAACCAGUACGCUGCGGCCUUUUCCAAUGGGCUGGCCAUGAAGACGAACGAAAUCUCUGUCAUUCAGAACGGAGGCAUCCCACCCAUGUCGGGCAGUUUAGGAAACGGGGGCAGCUCUCCCAUAGGCGGCCUGACGGGCAGCCUGGACAAGCUACACAGCACAGAGCCCAACGCCGCUCUGGCUGGUCUGGAGAAAAUGGCCAACACAGAGAAUGGGGCUCACUUCCGGUUCACGCGCUUCAUGGAGGACAAUAAAGAAAUCGUCACUAAUUAGAGCGCACGUCCUCGGCACUGGACACAGACUUGACGAGUUGCCUCCAGGCAGACUGUACACAUAUGUUGACACACGCAGCGAAGAAGGAAGAGAACAGGACAGGGACAAAAUCAACUGAAUUGCUUUGCUCGCCAUUGAAUCUUUACGAACACGAGUGUGAAGACAAGUUGCUUUUUUUGUACAAUGUACAUGUUAUAGUUUUAAGGAGCUUAUUUAUUAGUGAUUAUAACCUUGCUUGAAACCAAGUGGAAGCAUUAACAGUUAGGUUUUGUUUAUUUUAAAGCCAGAAUGGGUAUGUAUGGGUGCUUAAAAAUGUGCUUUUGAAACGUAGAGUAUCUGGUUAGAUGACCUUACCUUGGCAUUAAGUUAUUUUCUGUCUGUAGUAGCUAUAACCGAACUGUCUAUGUUCAUGUGAUGCAUUAGCCCUGUAAUAAGCAAACAGACUUGCUGUAAAUAAUGUACACUGAUCUUCUGUAGAUGGUCUAACAUCUGUAUGUUCAUGCCCCCUCCCUCCCCCAUACACCUCCCUUCAUCAAGACAAAACAAUGAAUUUCAGGCAAGGGACAAAAAGAUGCGGUGUAGUUCCUUUUUUUGGUGUUGUUUUUUUUUUUUUCAAAUUGUUAUUUACCUUUUAUCUUAUUUAAGGAAGACAAAACUUUGAAGUUUGUUACAUUUCAGAGUUUUCUUUAGUGUUAACUUGUUUUGUUGUUACAGUCUCUGUUGUAUUGUACUUUCUACUUUUUUGUUUACUUCCAUAUUUUUUCCCCUUCAAUCUCUCUUUUUUUUUUUUUUUCUUUUUCUUUGUUGCUUGUAUUUUUGGUAUUGUUGAAAGCAAGACAGUUACUAAAAGGGGAAACAUUGGGUCUGGCCUACUUCCUGUUUUAUUUUUCCCUUGGGAAACAGCGAACCAAUCGAGUGAGAAGGAUUCUUCUAUAGUUUCUCAGCUGGAUUUCCACAUUGCUGCUAUGUCCCAGCAUCCUCACUGACAUCAAGUGCAAACGUUCUGUGUCGAAUCUUCUGUAAAUACGUUCAGAUGUGGAAAUACGAACUCCCUCACAAAGAAAAAUGUACAUAUAAAACUCACAGGAGAAGGAGAAGUCCAUCACAGGCCGCCAGGGGACAAAAUGAUAGUGUUUUUAUAAAUAUAAAUAUAUAUUGGGUUUGACAACCUUUGGACUGUUACAUGCACUUUCUUGGAAAGUUGGAAGAUCUUUAUGGGUCCAGUUUCUCUACACUUUAAUACCUACUAACAACUAAGAUACUGUAAUUCUUUACUCUAAUAAUCAAAUACAUCAGUUUUCCAAAAGAGA